AUGAGUACAAAAAGAAAACCAACAACCCUCACCUACGCUGAUAAAUUAGAAGCUAUAGAAGCAGUGAAAAAUGGAUUGAAAAGGAAAGAAGUUGCGGCUCAGUUUGGAAUACAUGAAAGUACAUUGUCUAUCAUCAUUAAAAAAGAAGCUGAAAUCUUGAAGAAACAAGAAUCAGGAGAAAGUCUUCAAUGUAAAAGACAAAAAAUUGCCGAAUUCCCUAAUUUAGAACAAUGUUUGUUUACGUGGUUCAAACAGUGUCGAAACGAAAACAUCAGUGUUAGUGGACCCAUACUGAAAGAAAAAGCUGAAGAGUUCGCUAAUUCUCUGAAAAUCAAAAAUUUUAAAGCCAGCAAUGGCUGGUUACAGAAUUUUAAGAAACGGCAUGAUUUAGCCUUUAACAAAAUAUGCGGCGAAAGUGCGAGUGUUAGCAAAUCAAGCCAAGAAUGGAAAUCUGAAUUACAUAAUGUAGUGAAUGAUUAUGAUCCCAAUGAUGUUUUUAACGCUGAUGAAACGGGUCUAUUCUUCAAAUGUCUUCCCGACAAAACAUUAACAUUCAAAAAUGAAAAAUGUCAUGGAGGAAAGCACAGCAAAGAACGACUUACGAUUCUGUUUUGUGCAAAUUCUACAGGCACAGAAAAACUGAAACCUUUAAUUAUAGGCAAGUCAAAAAAACCUCGGUGUUUUGCAGGCCUAAAAUCACUACCCAUGGAUUAUGAAGCCAAUAAAAAAGCAUGGAUGACAGCCGAUCUUUUUAAAAAAUGGCUGAUUAACAUAGAUAAGCAAAUGGUAACUUCAAAUAGAAAAAUUAUCCUAUUUAUCGACAACUGCACAGCACAUGGGGACAUACCACCAUUAAAGGCAGUCAAAGUCCAAUUUCUUCCACCAAACACAACAUCACAACUUCAACCUUUGGAUCAGGGAAUAAUUAAAAAAUUUAAAACAUUAUACAGAAAAGAAGUUGUUAGAAAAAUGAUAGCUGAUAUGGAGCAAAAUACGAUUUCUUCUAUCAAUGUUCUUCAAGCAAUGAGGAUGGCGGACAAAGCUUGGCGAAACGUAACACCCCUUGCAGUAAAAAACUGCUUUAGAACCUGUGGUUUUUCUUCAGAACCUCAAGAAAUCAUUGAAGAGGAAGAUAAUAAUGUGCCUGAAGAAUGGAGUAAGCACAUGUCUGGGUCAAACAUUACUUUUGAAGACUUCGUUACUUGCGAUGAUGACGUAGCCACAGCAGGGACGUUGACAGAGGGAGAAAUAUUGGAAUCAGUAAACAAUUGCAUUGAAAGUGAUAAAGACGAUGAUUUUAAUGACGAGCCACAAACUUCAUCUACAAGUGUAUCAACCAACGAAGCAAAAAAAGCUUUAACAACUGUACGAUCAUUUAUAGAGCAGUGUAGCAACAUAAAAGAUAAUGUAUUCUCCUCUCUAUUUGUCAUUGAAAAUCAAAUCGAUUUAGAAACAGUGAAUUUUUUAAAACGAAAGAAAAUCACAGAUUUUUUUAAGUAG